AUGUUGUAUCGAUACUGUUCAUUAAUAUUCCUCUUUUCUAACGAGAACGAGUGGGCAAUUUAUAAGUUGCGGAGGAACAGCACACCAGGCCCUGCACUCCGACCUAGCGGUCGAGCUUUGGUGGAUCCUGGUAACUACAUGAACCCAAUUGCUGUCAAUCUGACAACCAACUCUGCGCCACGCCGUGUCACGACUCGCGACCCCGAUACCCAAUCCCAGGGUCGGAGUGACCGGGACCGCCUGCAAACAGCAUUUUACAAUAGCCUCUGCGAAAGAGACAGUUGCUGUGCAAUCACCGGGCAAACCAGGAUAAUCAACUUGGAACGUCCUUUCCUCGGCCUGGACGCUACGCAUGUAUUUCCCGUGUGCAUGAUGGAAGAAUGGAGGCGAGAUGGAUACCGGAGAUAUAUCACGGACACUCGCCCCGAUAGCGAGAUUGGAGAAUCGGGCCUCUAUUCUGUCCAGAAUGGGCUCCUCCUCCGCGCAGACAUCCACCCCCAUUUUGACGGUUUCCAGAUAGGGUUUGAUCCCGAUUCUGACUACAAGAUCAUUGUAUUCGGACUGGAUCCUGGGAGAAUGGGCGGUACUCGUCUCAAAGAGUCUGCUCGAAAUGGACCUGGGCGCGUGAGUGCCGACCUCCUUCGUUGGCACCUGCGUAUGUGUCUGUACAGCAACCUAAAGGCCAAUACCGAACCAGAGACAAUAUGGAAGGAAGAUUUGGGAGAAGACCCAAUGAGCGAAAUUCUCAGUCAGCCAGAUGCGGCUGAACGAAUGGAGGUAGAGCUUUUCACGCCUUUUCACGCGCCUGGGAGGACUAAUAGCCUGAGGGAGGAUGAGGGCAUCACAGAGGACCAGGAAGACUACGAGGAAGAGUACGCCGAUGAGGUCUGCGAACUGGCCAAGCAAGACCCGGAAACUCUGCCAUCCUGCAUCUUGUCGAAAGUUGUGUAA